AUGAUCAUGCCGGUAGAUCAUUGUAGAUGAAGACCGUUUAGAAAAUUUUUGAUAGCACCUGUCGAGCUUCUACCAGUUCAACAUGUUUUCGGGCUCCGCUGUGAGUACCUCACCACGCAGGGACGCAAGAAGUCGAUGAACUUGCAGCCCACGACGUCGAUUCGCUCCCCGAGUUGGUUUAGAAAAGCCUCUCGCACAACCGCCUGAGUUAUUUUCGUCGGCCGAGUAGUAAGUCUUCGCUCGAAGCCAGUCAAACGACGCGGAGGUGUGUCAUUUUCUGCAGCGACAUCGCGGCGUGCGCGACGUUGGGUCGCUCCUCCUUCUUGUAUUUUCGGAAUCCCGUCUGCUAAUCAAUCUGACGAAGACCAUUCGAAGACCGGCAAUAUGGCGUUGGCUCAUGAUCGUAGCGAACAGCAGCACCAACAGAGCAAACAGGCUAACUCAUCAGGCGAGGACGACAGUCGGCGCCUGCUACACGAUGUCGAGCAACAAGCGAAGAAGAUCAAGGACCUGAGUGAGGCGAACAGGAGAUUGGACGCGGAGAACACUCAACUACGAGCGUUACUACUACAACAUGGCAUAGAGGUACCGGCACUACUGCCCGCGGCAGCGAAGACCAACGGUCACUCCCCUGAUACACCUGACACGUAUCCAACAAAUGGAAUUGACACACUGCCGUCAGCUCAAACGAAAUCCGUCGAAAGCACGCAAGAUACACCCGCCUCUCCCAAAGUCACAGCUGAUAGCAGCCUGGUGGUGCAGCAGACCACGGCUGGUGUCGAGACAACUCCUUCGGCGGAGCCAGAAGCUGGUCAGGAUGAAGCUGAUCUCGCACCGAAAGAAGCCGCAGCAGCGGUCAUUGGUGCCUAUCACAGCCGCAACAAGGCUGUGGAAGUAACAAGAACCAGUCCUGCUCCGGCUGAACCUCUCAAGUCCGACACCAGCAACAGUGUGUUCAGCAGCACCAGCAGUACCAGCUCGACCAGCCUCUCCUCGGCCGUGGAUGCUCUGACCGAGGGCGCAAGGCUCCACCUGCAACUGCUCUACAACUCCAGCAAGGACAGCCUGUCUAUCACGGUCAUGAAGGCGUUGAACUUGGCCAGCUUGGGCGUGUUGGAUUUCAGCAAAAUAGUGUUCCAGGCUGAUCUGGUCCCCGGUCGGAUGGUCAGUUCCCGGUCAUCCGCAGUGGUCUACUCAAACAACCUGCCACUCAACAUCACACUCAGCCUGGCAGUGAGGCAGACAUCGUGCAAGUGGAAGAAGCUACAGGUGUCGUUGUGGUCUGUCACUGACGGCACCAGCGAAACAUGCUUGGGUAAAGUCCAAGUUAAUCUGAUGCAGUUCUACAAUAACCCUGAUCCAGACCUGAUUGAGACCUGGGUCACCAUCGGCGGUGAAGCUGACGAUGCUGUGUUUGCUGACAAAGCACCAGAGAAACCGAAAAGUGUUUCAUCAGGCCUUUCGGCCAGGGGAUCGCCCGUGAGGUCAUCUCUAGGCAUGACACGCCGUCACACCAUGACCGGUGCUGAGAUGGAGUCGAGCAUAGCCAAGGCGAAGACUUUGUCACAGACUGUCAUAGCCGCACAGACGCCACGUCGCUCGUCGCUGGGCCUGGGAACGCCGCUGGUGGUGGCAGCGCCGGCAACAGCGGACGACAAGGCCCACAUUGCCAGUGAGCGCGACAGCCAGCACAGUCGCAUGAGCGCGGCAGUGAUGCAGGCCGCACGGGACGAGGCGCGCCGCAAGUCCAGCCUGGGCGGUGGCGGCGACGGUGUUGAUAGCUCGCCACUUACCCAGACAGGUAGCACGGCUGGUGGGCACACUACAGGGACACCGGCAAAACCAUCCUCAACAAUCACAACAACUAGCAGCACUGUCAGUGACCCGUCCAGCAGCGUAACACCGAUGAAAGCUGCCACCGCCGUCGUCGACGCCAACAUCCCCGAUAUACGCGCACUGAACCGGAGCCGCACUGGCGACAAAUCAAUCGCCAGAUCGCCAGCACCGUCCACAAGUUCCACCAGCAGUGGUGGUGGUGGUGCCGGCACUGCAGCACCCAGCUCGGUCAGUGUCCCAAGCACGCCGGUCGAGCGCCCACCGAGUGCGAGUACGAGUGAUAAACCCACCGCCCCAGCGUCCGCGCCUCGCGUGUCGGAGGCUCAGCCUAAGCCGGACACUCUUGGCAGAGCAUCGAGCAUGGAUACGCUGCCGCAGGAUCGACGCCACUCAAGCUCCGGGUCUGGUGGUGGCAGUGAAGAGCUGAGGCGAGCCAUUGCGCAGAAUCGCGCUGCAAAGGAAGUCUUGGCCGCGCUGGACAAAGAAGGCGAACAGGAGAAGAAGCUGGAGAAACCUGAGGACGAUGAUGAAGAACCGGAAGAGGAGUCUCAGUUCGUGAGAAGAGCGUCCUUCCGACUGAAGGAGCUACGAAGCAGCCAGCGGAAGAAGCCUGACCGUCUCUCGUUCAAGCAAAAGCAAGCGUUCUUUGGCACGGCAAGCGUGGACAUCCCCGACGCGCAGGCAAAGAAGAAGUGAGCCGCAUCUCCGACACCCCAGCUGCGGCACCAACACAUGUACUUACAGCACCUCACUGACAAGUCCAAAUGAUUUGCAGACCGACCACCUCCCCAUCUAGAAAAUAACUUCAACGUUGAUCAAUAGGUCUAGCAGCUCAUUCAGUUACAGUUGCAUUCAUACCCAGAAGACAAACAGGAGUUAGUACUGCACAGAUUCAGCUAGACUACAUUUGCAACUAGCACUUACUUGAUGGAUUCAACACAACAUGGUCAUGUCCUUACAGGAUCGUCAGUCUUGCUACCAACACAUAGAACUCGGAGAACUCGACUGUCGGGUAAUUAUUUAUACGUUGUUAUAGCCCAGUGUCCGUGCAUUAAUUGUUUCGUCAGAGGUCUGGACCCGGUACAUUGCCUGGGUGCAUCUGCUGUCUGGAUAACAUGAUUAUACAAAGUCUUGAUAAUGCGUUUAUUAAAGGCAUGAUUGCUGCCUGCUGCGAAGCACGGCGUGAAUCGAGUUUUGUGCAUACCUGUGGUACUGCUCUGCUUCUGUUGUCAUACUUGUUCAAAGUCA